GGAGUGACAGUUCCAACCCCAACCGACAGCACCCCUCCUGCGACUUCAAGGGAAACUCGGGCGCCCCCUUCAAAGGAAACGCCAAUGUGCAGCCCAGCUCGUCCGGUCAGUGGUGUCAACAUGGCGGCGGUAGAUGUCAUUGUGGACAACUUGGUGACACUCUGGAGGAUACCGGCUGCCCGACAAAACUUCCCCUUGAUAUUUGUACUCAUUUCGGUCGUGGGGUCGCUUCUGAAAGAGCUGGAGGUCGUCCCGCAGACAUAUUUCAGCAGCAGCGGAAAUGCCCUGAACGUGUAUUUUGUCAAAGUGUCCUGGGGCUGGACAUUGCUGCUGCUGACCCCUUUCCUCCUCCUGUCCAACUCGGCCUUCAGCAGGAGCGUGUCCUUCCUCUCCCGGCGACUGCUGUCUCUGUUGGUGGCAACAGCCGUCUGGUACGCCUGCACCCAGACCUUCUUCUUCAUCGAGGAAGUGACCGGUUCGUGUUAUGAGACCGGCACCAAGGAGGUUCUCAUCAAGGAGUUAUCAAGCAAAGCCAGCUGCAGGCGGGCCGGCUUCCAAUGGCACGGCCACGACAUCUCAGGGCACUCCUUCAUCCUGGCCUACUCGGCUCUCUUCAUCGUGGAGGAAACGGCGCCGAUGGCCUCCCUAAGGACCGCCGGUCUCUCUGCGCUGCCCCGGAUGGUCCUCAACCUGCUGUACGUGGCCUUGAAUCUGAUCGUGAUCGUUUGGGUGUGGAUGUUUGCCUGCACCUCUGUUUACUUCCAUCACACGUCUCACAAGUUGCUAGGGACUUUAUGCGGCCUGGUGGCGUGGUAUCUGACAUAUCGGGUCUGGUAUCUCAAACCUUUAUCCCCAGGACUCCCCCCUCAGCGCCACCCAAAAGAACAGAAACAAAACGCCUGAGAUGCAGUCACACUUUCCAGAACAACAUUGUCACUAAUGUUGCAGCCAUUCUCCAAACAACACACUACAGUUGAUGUUCUCUGUCUCCAGGUCCAAGCUGGCCGUGCUAUUUUAAGCUAUUUUAAGUUAUUCCCUGCUCAAAGAAAGGUUGAUUUGUACAGGAUGGCCGUUGGCAGCUGCUGUUCCCAAAAUGACUCUCUGUAAUCUGAGAUAAAAGCGAGACGCUGCUCUGCUGCCCAGCUUCUGCCUCUCACCUUCAGCUUCUGAGGCUCGCAUGCCACGCCAGCGUUUGUCCCCGAGUUUGUUGCCUUAAAAUGUUUUGUUUGUGGAUGGUUAAUCAGAGAUUUUAGAUGUCUGAAUGGGAACACUUGAGAAUGUUUACAGCUCUAGUUGUAUUUUUGCAGACCAAUGUAAAGAAGAUAUACAUUGUUUUUAUAGGAAACUACCAUCAUAUCAGACACUGUAACUACAGUGGGCCUAAAUGAUUUACUGAUGUAGAGCUUGAAUAGCAGAGAGGACCAUCAUUUUAAUGUAUCAGCAAGUUGUUUGCAAAGUAUUAUUAAAAUGCUUUUAAAAAGGUUAAGGCUGGAAAUAUAUCUACGAUUGUGAUCUAAAAAUAUGCGUCCCAAUUUCCUAAUGCACAAGGUGACAUCUUUAAAUGCCGUGUUUUGUCCAGACCGUAGUUAAAAAUGCAAAGAUAUUUAAUUUACAAUCACAUAGGACAAAGGCAAGCAACACAUCCUCACAAUUGUAAAGGUGGAACCAGAGAGGUUAACCUUUAGCUUGGAAAAAUAACACAAGUCAAAGCAGUAGCACACUAGUUUUCUGUUGAUGGACUAAUCAAUCGGUCGACUAAUUGUUUCAGUUGUGGUUUUAUUUACUGUCAACACUAUGAAAAGACCAAGUAACCUGCCAAUAAGUGUUGCCUCUGUGCCGUAGCGCUCCAUUGUUGUCCAAAAACUAUUAAAAAUACAUAAAUGAUGA